CUGGAUUUCUUUUGCUGAUAUUCACAAGGGUCAACUUUUCCAUCUGAUUCACCCAAGUUGCUUUAGCCUUAAGUCUGUGGUAUAGUUCCUGUUUCCCCGACAACGAAAGAACACCUUGAUACAUCACCAUUUUGUGUCAUUAGAACGUGCCUUGAAUUUUGAUUUGGUAACAAGCCUAAGAAGCUUGUGUUGUUUUGGCGUUGUUGUUUUCUUUUUUUUUUUUCUCUUAGGAUUCACAGAUCCUAUUACAAGUGAAUAAUAAAAGUGAACAGAUCGUAACCCUUACUCUCGAUUCUUUCGGGGCACGAAAUAACAACAAUCCUUUCGCCAAAAGAGUACACUACACAUUUAUUGUCCAAUCAGCACUUUCCCGACCAUCAAGAUGGCAUCCAAUUCAGGUGAAAUAUUUUGUGGGGGCGCAACCACAUCUCAACAUGUCGAUGCAGAUGACGAUGACCACUUCCAAAAUACAACCUUCAAGUUGAAAAGGACCCGUUCACUUGGGUUGCUCGAUGAGUUUAUUGACUCAGAACAACAGCAAAAUAACAUAGAGAAACAAAAUGCGGAGAGGGAAAACGAAAAGUCGGAAAAUCACCCCACGAGCAAUAACAGCAGUUCAAAUGAUGAAGUCGUUUCCUCACAGGCCAACCCUGUCGAUGAUUCGUCUUCUCCUGUCCUCACUGCACACCCUGCUUUCCUCACUAGCCCAGACAUCCUCCCACAUGAUGAUUCUGAUUUAGUAGUAGAGCCUUCGCGCCAUGUCGACUACUUGUCACAUAAGUGGGAUGUGUCUGAUAUUUCUAAAUCGUGGCGAUAUGUUAUUCUGAGGAGAAAGAACGUUGCAAAUGCAGCACGAUUGGAGAAUGCAAGCUGGAGAACUUGGGCGCAAAGACGCUCCAACUUAAAAACCAUUAGUCCUGAAGAAGUAAACUGGUCAAAAGAAAGUGACGUGACGUGGCUUUAUGGUCCCAUCGUAGAUGAUGAUGAUCAUGAUCAUGACCAUACUCCUGCGCCCGAGGAUUCUCGUUCUUUCAGCACAGCAAGCAGCGUGGUAGCUGGUGACAUUUCCAUAGCAAGAAAGACCCACGGACCUAAGCCAAUUUUAAAGAGAAGAACAAUGGAGGACAUUAUGAUCAGCCAUCUGAAUCUAUUAAAAUUGGAGAUUGCAACUGCCAGAGCAGAGCAGGAGCAGACCCGACGGGAGGAUGCUGCUGCGCAAGCAAGAAGAGACGCGUCGGAGAAAUCUGGUUCAGAAAAGCCUCCUGAGUACUUUGACUAUGAUGUGAUCUCAGCAAAACUCAAUUCGCAAUACAAAACUGCGUCCGGCUCAGACUCGACGAAUAACAGUUCCUUGGAUUUAUCCGAAGGCCAAAAGUCUUCACCUACUGAGUCAAAGGCUGUUUCUAAACCACCCAAUAUCAGUGACCAGCUCCAUUCAGGAGGUACGAGUGUAAUUACGCAUUCGAGCUUGCUCCAAAAAGACUCAUCUCGACUGCCGGUGAAAGAAAAACGUCACAUUCAUUUCAAUGACGAAGUCCAACAAUGUAUCGCGAUUGACGAUCCACAUCUCGGUGACAAUGACUAUGACGACUACGAUGAUGAUACAAAUGACUAUGACUACGAAGAGGAAGAGAACUACUCAUACGAUGGUUAUAAUUCUGAAGGUAUUGACCAUGCAGAUGAUUAUCAUGAAGAUGACGAUGAUGACGAUGAUGAUGACGACGAUGAGGGUGGAUUUUUCCUCAAUGUUCGCUCGCCAUCUUCUGCACAAUUAGCAGGAAGGCUUCCGGGGUUAUCAUCUCAACUUAGCGACAAGCUGGCCUCUAAUUAUGCCGAUGAAUGCUCUGAAACCCCAUCCACUACAAAUUCCAAAUCUAUUAAAACAAUUCAUUUAUUGCCUCCCACGACGUUGAACUAUGGCUCUUAUGAUGAAGAUAGUGAUGACAGUAACCCCUAUACAUCAAGCAUCUCGCAUAACGUGGACAGCAACUCCAGCAGAGGAUAUGACUACUAUUAUGAUUAUAAUACGGUCUAUCAAGUAGAUGCAAAUCAUGCCGUUUAUGGGGAUAAUUCUAAAAGCAAAGUGCCAGAUGUUGUUGAUGUUCCUGAGAACAUAACAGUGGGAUCAAACUUUGAUUACGAAAUCAUUGAGAAUGAGGACUUGGGCGGCAUCACUACCAGUAACCCAGAAUUCAUUGCAAACAUUAUUCAGCUGCCCAUAUUGGUGGAUGAGGAUCAUAAAGAAAGAUUGCCAAUAUCGUGUUUAGAUGAUUCUGCCACCAAGAGCAAAGUUCAAAGAAACCUUUCACUUGAAUCUCUGUCAAGUGAAGAUAGUUCUGAUUCAGAUGACGAAGGAUGCAUUUCGAUCAGUGCAAAAAAUUCGAGCCAAUCGUUGGCUCAACUGGUUUUCGGACUACCUUUGACCUCCAACAACCUGGAAGAACUGCACUAUCCUCAGCGCGUGAUUGAGGACCCAGAACCUGAUGCGAAGCAUAUAACAUCAAUUAACCCGAACUAUUCGUCAUCGGCUCUCUCCAAGCAGCCACAUUCGUCAAACUCUCUUUCGGGGCAAUUUUUCGGAGAUACUAUGACCAAUGUCGAUGACACCAGUUCACUAUGCCGUUCUUUUUUUAACUUGAACGCUGAAAAUUCUGCACCUCGAACACCACACACACAAACAUCAUUCUCGGGAAAUCAGUCACCACCAGUGCAAGCAAAAGCCACUGCUCUUCCUCCCCAUACAACAUCUGCGUGCGUCUUUCUGGGAAGCAAAAAGGAUGCGCGGUCGGUGAAGAAGUCUUUCAUAUUUGAUUCAGAGAGUGAUACUGAUGAAGAUUUAGAAAAUGUUGAAACACCUGCUGCGGCUGAUAACGGCCUCAGCCGUACGAGUUAUCUGUCAUUAUAUGAGGUCGCAGGAAAAAAUGGUAUUACUGUACCAAGUCCAGAGGGAGAUGACAGUCAAAAAGGUAAAAAAAGUCUGACAAUGACGAACUUCUUGGGGAGUUGGAAUAAAGGUAAUCUGGGCUAAAAGAAACUUAGUACAUCGCAUUUAAUAGUACAUCGCAUUUAAAUGUCUAUAGAUGGAGCAGGCGCUCUAUUUUAACAGCAAGAAUGUUAUCAAAUUUAUUUCAUCUCAUUUCCACAUUUUUUUCAUAG